CGUGUUAACAUAUUUUUAAUCUAAGUAUUUACAUCAUGGCUUCACUUUGUACAAUAAUUUUGUUGAUUUGUGUUCAAUACAAUGUUGGAUAUAGUUUUAUGGAAGAAUCCGAAAGCCUCGUCUGGCCGCCGGAGUAUCACAUGAAAGCCGAGAAGAUCAACCUGGACGCGGGCAUUGUGGAGUCUAUGGAGAUGUGGUCCAGUGCCGCUGUCAACCGCUCCCGUAUCGACUUCUACGGGGGACUAGUCAAGAAGUAUUACCAAUGGGAGACUGAGGACGAACAUGGCUACGUCUACAGCUUGAUGCCUCAGUCUACAGAAGAAUACCAGAAUAAGAUCACCUGUGGGAUGCAGCGAAUAAAAGAUGAGGACGACAUCGAAUCGAAUCUACCUAAAAUUGAACACUAUGAACAUGUAGGCAACGAAGAACUGGAUGGCAAAAAAGUAGAGGUUUGGAAGUACGGAAGAAUUUUCGAAGAGAAAAGAUGGCAGGAGCGAAUUUUGUACACGUACAAGAGCGAUGACUACGAUAUACCAGUCAGAUUCGAAGCCAAGAACUACCUGAUGAAGAACGGCGCGAUGACGGCUCACAUCAUCACCAACUACUACAACUACGAGUCCACUGUGGACGAACAGGAUCUAAACGAAGGGGACACAGAUGAUUGCGAAUACAUGGGGACGCUUGGUGAAGAUUUUCCCAACGAUAUCAAGCAUCUUCACCCAGCAAAAGAGACGGAUGUAGAUGUCGCUUUUCAUAGCUACAAAAAACAUCACCAGAAGAAAUAUGGCAGCGACAACGAGCACGAAAUGAGGAAUGCCAUUUUUCAUGAAAAUUGGGAAAUGAUAGAACACCAUAAUCGCCAGAGCCUCGGAUACACACUAACCCUGAACCAAUUCGCCGACCGGACCUCAGAUGAGAUGGAGAUGUUUACCGGCCUUCUACCCAACCCCCCAGAACUGGAGGCCACUCAUCCCUUCCAUUCUGAUGAAGAAGUUAAGAAAAUUGCUGAGGAGUUGCCUGAGAAUUUUGAUUUGAGGAUGGAGGGAGUAAUUUCACCAGUUAAAAAUCAGGCGCAUUGCGGUUCAUGCUGGGCGUUUGCGUCCACAGCAGCUGUAGAGGGCGCUAUAGCUCGCAGCAAUGGCGGACGGAUCAUUGACCUCAGUGAGCAGUCUCUGGUGGACUGUGCUUGGGGAUUGGGCUGCCUGGGAUGCGACGGUGGAUGGAUGGAGAACGCUUUUAAAUACAUCGUCAAGCAUGGCCUUCCUGUGGAGCAGGAAUAUGGUUCUUAUCUAGAACAGGACGGUUUAUGCCACACAAAGAACAUGUCAAUCUCAUACGCCAUCAAGGGCUACGCGAAGCCGACGGCCCACAAUCCUCAGGCGCUGAAGGUAGCCCUCUUCAAGCACGGGCCGGUGGCUGUGUCCAUCAACUUCAACAAGAAGAUGCGUUAUUAUGGUGGAGGCAUAUUCUAUGAUCCUGACUGUAACAAAGGGCACACAAACCACGGCGUCGUUGUAGUCGGCUUCGGAGUUCACGAUGGAACAGACUAUUGGAUUGUAAAGAACUCCCACGGCGCUACCUGGGGACAGGCGGGAUAUAUUCUCAUCUCGGCGACAGAUAACAACUGCUUCGUACUGUCCAGACCGGUUUACCCUAUUGUGUAACCCUACCGAACCCUAUUGACGCUACCUUAUUGACCCUUUGGAAUUGUAUUUUAAUAUAUUCGGCAGGUACGGUUAACAUGGUAUUUUUUUUAUAUUUUAGUUUUAGGUACGAAAAUAUUAUAAUGUAUAUAUAUUAUGUUCAUAUUAUUUAGGUAAUAAAUUCAUUCCACGUGUUGU